CUCAGCAGACAUGGAAGAAGACAAUGCCACUCAAGCUCAGGAUCAGCCACCUGCAGAGGUCAAACCAGAGGUCAAACCAGAUGUGCAGCACUUGACCAUAACAGUCGCUAAUCAAGAUGGUUCCAGGGUACCUUUCAAGGUGAAAAUGACCACGGCCUUUGAGAAGUUGUUCAAGGCUUACUGCUCCAAGAAGGCACUGGAUGCCACCACCUUGGUAUUCAUAACAUCGGAGGGACAAAGAAUCCUUGGCCAUCAGACGCCUGCAGAUUUUGGCAUGGAGGAUGGCGAUACCAUUGAGGUGCAGCAGCAUCAGAUUGGGGGCUGCGGAAGUGCCUCACUGCAAAUCACCGUGCGGGCCUGAGCAGUCCAACAUGCACGCUGCAAUUUGCAGCCUGGGCGCGUUCUGCUGUUGGCACGAGUUUCUCAGUCUCAGGGUCCUUGGCAUGAUAAAUUGUUGAUAUUUUGGCAUGGUGAAGAAAUUGUUGGCAGCUUCAGAGGGUGUCAGAUCUGUGCAGUUCAUUAUGCAGACACCUCCUGUAUGUGAGGGAAACCGGACGUGUGUCACACUUACCUUGGACAGCGAGACUGCAAUGGGAUGCGGAAUACAUUACAAUUUGGAGUUAAUUAGGAGUCCCCUUGCACUUCACUGCUGCAUUGAGCAACCUCAAUAAGCAAUCAUCAAGUGCCAGCGAGUUCAUCUGAGAAGACGUAUUUAUCAUGAGCAAUCAUUGAAUUUCGUGCCACAAAGAAUGUGGCAUCCUGUAAAUUAGGAAACUUGCGAUC